CUGGUAUCUGAACUGAUAAAUGUGAAAUAUCAUCUGAAUUCAUUUGUGUGAUUAAUUGUCAGUGCAAGAAAAUGGAAGUUUCUGAGCAGAUGCUUGAUGACUACAAGAAAAACGGAUAUGUGAAAGUAACUCAGAUGUUCAACAAAGAAGAAAUAACACACAUAGAAAGGCGAUUAUAGAUGGGAACAUCGCAUCCUAUGGAUAUGGAGCAAAGGACGGUGAAGGCGGUGCAAUGAAUAUGGUUUUAUGGUGGCAUCCCGGAAAUGACGUCACAGGAAUGGUUGCAAGGAGCAGCAGGAUCGUAACUGCUUGUGAAAAGAUUUUGGGCGAGGAAGUAUACCAUUACCAUACAAAACUAAUGAUGAAGCAGCCAAAAACGGGAGGCAAAUUCAUUUGGCACCAAGAUUACGGAUAUUGGUAUAACUUCGGAUUCCUGUUCCCAAACAUGAUGACAGUUUUCAUAGCUGUUGAUCCGUGCAAGAAAGAAAACGGAUGUCUGCAGGUAUUGAAGGGUUCCCAUUUGUGCGGAAGAAUCAACCACAAGAAGCAAGGAUACCAAGUUGGUGCUGAUUUAGAUAGGAUUGAAGUCAUUGAAAAGUGCUGCCCUAAGGAAUACGUGGAGAUGGAUCCAGGAGACGUGCUAUUCUUUGACUGCAACUUACUUCACUGUAGCAGUGAAAACCUUAGUGCUGAACGGCGAUGGGCGUUCCUGUGUGCGUACAGCAGUGUGACCAAUGCACCACUGACCAAUCAUAAACCGUCAUUGUACACCCCAUUGGAUACGGUUCCUGAUUCAGCGAUUCUGGACUGCAAGCAGUUUCAACCGAACGAUGAGGAGAAGCUAUUUUACAAUCCAGAAACAGAUGUGUUAGACGAUCUGCCAUUCAAACAGAACACAGAAGAGGGGAAAGAAUGACAAUCUACUUCGAUUGAAUCUUGCUUGGUUCUAUUACUUUUAGCAGUCCACAAUCUGUCAAUUUAGCAUAUGUCCCUGUAUAUUCAUCACAGCAAUUCGAUGAAUGUAUGCUAGAAGAGAUGUAGCAAUAAUACUUGGAAAAUAAAUGAAAACGUUAUUUUUCAGCUUGGUAUGUUUAGAAUAAUUCAUUGCAAAAAUAACACAUCAGGCCAUUUUUAAUUAACCGUUUUGCAAAUAGCAGAUUUAAUUGUUAUAAAAUUCGAAAAAAAGCUACAUAAAUUAUUGACAUAAAUUGUUGUUGUUUUCUUAUGUUUAAAUGCAUUUCUUAGUCUGGGUCUUAAGGAUGCCCAAGAUGGAUUGGAAUUUUCCAGACGACCUCACA